CUGCCCCCUUCCCCCUCCCUUCCGCGGCGGACGGCUCCUCCGCCCCCCCCCCCCCCCCCCCCCCCCCCGCGCUCCUUUCCAAUGAUCGUCGGAGGCUCCGCCUUCCCCCGGCGCGGGCGGCUCGGCUCCGCAAUUCGGCGUUGAUUUUGCCUCCCCGAGGUGCAGUUCCUCGUCGCUAGAGUGGCAAGCACUAGAGGAGAAAUAGAUUCUUCAGAGAAGGGUCUAUUGCGGCAAUGCUGUUUCUUUCACACUGAAUGAUUGUCGCAAUGGACUUAAAUGCCUUACCUGAAGAGGAUGAAGAAACUUUUGAUCGGCAUGUGGAAGAGUAUAAGGCACCAGCGGACCACAUAGAGUCUGCACUUGAUAUUGCCAACCGGGAACGUGAUGAAAGGCGCAAGAGAUUGAGGAGAGAACGCUCAGAUGAAAGAACAAUGACUGUGUCUCAGCGUUCUUCACUUGAUCAGUUACAUCAGACGAGACACAUGAAUAAUAAUCAUAGAUCAUCUAAUCUUCCACAUGGUUGGCUAGACUGCCCACCGUAUGGUCAAGAGAUAUUUUGCUUAAUUCCUUCAAAGACGCCUCUUGGUGAUGGCUUUGACAUACCUCCUGGUAAAAGAUAUUCGUUCAAACAAGUUCUACAUCAACAAAGAGUUUUAGGAAGAAAAAUUGGCUUGGUGAUUGACUUGACGAAUUCAACAAGGUAUUAUUCUCCAAUAGAUUUGAAGAAAGACGGUAUCAAGUAUGUCAAGAUUCGAUGUGUUGGGCGGCUUGAGGUUCCAGAGCCUGCAGCUGUUAAUGAAUUCGUAUAUGAGGUCAUUCAGUUUCUGUAUCGCCAGAAACAUUCUAAGAAAUAUGUCUUUGUCCACUGUACGCAUGGUCAUAAUCGUACAGGAUACAUGAUCAUCAAUUAUCUGAUGAGAUCCAUGCCGAUGUCGGUCACACAGGCCAUAAAAAUAUUUGCUGAUGCGCGUCCUCCUGGGAUUUACAAAUCUGAAUACAUUGAGGCUUUAUAUACAUGUUAUCAUGAGAGGAAGCCUGAAAUGUUCGUUUGUCCUUCCACUCCAGAGUGGAAGAGAUCCUCUGAUCUUGAUCUUAAUGGUGAAGCUAUGCCUGAUGAAGACGAUGAUGGAAAUUUAGCUGCUCCUGGCCAUGAUAAUCACGAGACUGAUAAACUGAUGACAAAUGAUGAUCUAUUGGGCGAUGAAAUACCAAGGGACCAGAGUGAUGCAUUUCGGCAUUUCUGCUAUCAGACUCUUAAGCUCAAUGUGGGGGGAAGAGGAGGCACACAAUUUCCUGGAUCGCAUCCUGUUUCCCUCAACAGGGAAAAUUUGCAACUUCUAAGGCAGAGGUACUACUAUGCAACAUGGAAGGCUGAUGGAACUCGUUAUAUGAUGCUAAUAACCGUUGAUGGAUGUUAUCUGAUCGAUAGAAGCUUUAACACUAGAAGGGUUCAGAUGAGAUUUCCUUUCAGAUCAAAUGAGGCUUUAGGCGAGAAAACUCACCACUUUACGCUACUGGAUGGUGAGAUGAUCAUUGACACUAUGCCAGACUCACAGAAGCAGGAGAGGAGAUACCUAAUUUAUGAUCUGAUGGCAAUUAAUCAUGUUUCCGUUGUAGAGCGCCCUUUUCAUGAGCGGUGGAAACUGAUUGAGAAAGAAGUUAUUGAACCUCGAAAUUAUGAGCGUCAGAACAUAUACCAAAGCAGGAAUCCUCAUUACAGAUAUGACUUGGAACCAUUCAGGGUGAGGAGGAAGGAUUUCUGGCUGCUUUCCACCGUGACGAAGCUUUUGAAGGAGUUUAUUCCAAAGCUUUCACAUGAUGCAGAUGGACUUAUUUUUCAGGGUUGGGAUGAUCCUUACGUUCCCCGCACCCAUGAAGGUCUUUUGAAGUGGAAGUAUCCUGAAUUGAACUCUGUUGAUUUUCAGUUUGAGGUUGAUGAUGACGGAAAUGAGCUUUUGUCUCUGAAUGAACGAGGCAAGAAGAAGCUGAUGGAAGGGAAUCGAGUUGUAUUCAGAGAUGGUCUUGAUCCGUCUUCAUACUCUGGCAAGAUAAUCGAGUGUUCUUGGGAUGCCGAUGAACAAGUGUGGGUCUGUAUGCGGACUCGGGUAGACAAAAAUACUCCCAAUGAAUUUAACACCUACAGAAAGGUGAUGCGAAGCAUAAAGGAUAAUAUUACAGAAGAAGUCUUGCUGAGCGAGAUCAACGAGAUUAUUCGCCUACCCAUGUAUGCAGAUCGAAUAAGGAAUGAAAGCAAAGCUCAUAUGAAUUCAGCACGAAGAAGGUGAUGUGUAUGGCUCUUACGGCUUCCACCGCAUCUUCGGAACUUCUGAAGAACCGACGCAACUAUGUCUUUGAAGGAUGCUCAGUAAUUGCGGUUCUCACCUGCUUGAAGUCCGGUUUACCAAACGUAGGCUCACUUGGAUAGUGAAUCGUUAGCUGCUCUGACAAUGAUCUCGUGGGCCAUGCUGGCGAUUAGUCCGAUAUGGUCGGGUGAGCAUAUAAGUUUUUAAGGGUUCAAAUUAUUUGUCUCUCCUUCCCCCGCCACCACCUUUUACCUCAUAGCAGUGCAGAAGAGAUUUAGGGUUUAGAGCACCGUGUAUAUUUGUAUUGUUCUCUUUCUAGCAAUUGUUAGCUUUUUAAAAAGGUAGCCAUUUGAAUCGCAUCGACAGUGAGGUAUGUGAUUUUCGAGUUUUACAUAUUCUAUGUGAAUAUAGGUUCUCUCCUCUGUC